AUGGCUGAUUCAGAUAUAAUUGAGAUCAAGGCAAAGCUCUGGAACGGCCAUAUCAACCUCCGUGUUGUUUUGGCCUACAAAGACCAGAAAGUCGAGUACUUGUGUACUAUUUAUCGAAAUUCGUACAUAACGCUAAAGUUGCCAGCUAUUGUAGAGUACUUUCUGGCAUUUGUACAGGGACUUCUGUCAAAACAGCUUUGGUUUGAAUACGAAGGAGUACCCAUAAAAUGGAAUCUUCCCGUAGGGUUGCUUUAUGACUAUUUGCAUCUUCCUUCACUUCUCGGUAACUUUGAGUCUAGCAGCUCUUGGACAGUCUACUUGAGAUACGACGAUUAUCCAAGUGAUUACAUCAUCCCCUUUAUCUAUAAGAAAGACGAUGGAACUGUUGAUUUCGACAGGUCAUUGAAGGAAGUGAUAGUCAACCAACUUAAACAGUCCUGUUUCGUACUUAAUGGCAAUUCUAAACCUAUCAUGAGCCUCAGCGAAGCCAACUCCAUCCAGCUAUGGGUGUCCAUUGUGGAUCACAACUUGCUGGCAUACACCUCUAUAAACAAGAAAAUUGUACCAAAAGAUAAGGCACAGAAGAUCCCGGUAAGAAUAUUCAUUCCUGGAACUACAACCAUAGUCCAGGCACCUAUCUAUCCGUAUGGAGAGGAAGAGCCAACUUCUAUGAGAGAUGUGUUACUGCUACAUCUACCACAUCUUUUUGCUGAAAGAGAAGCAAUCGCUUUACCUUACAUACAUGGGAUAGAUACCCAGUCGUUGCUUGAUGAGCCUUUGUUAAAAACUUGGGAGAUCUUCAAGCAUUUAGACAAUUUCCUCUAUGUUGUGGUCAUCCCAAGAGUGUAA